ACAAUUAUUUAUUAUGGCAUGCUUUUGGUUCAGACUUAUGUGUACAUUGCAUGAACUUCAAAUUGACUUUUACUUCCUUGGGUCAAACUGUGAAGACUGAUGGGCAGUGGAUGGGCUUGAGAUUAUUUAGGAACAGUUUUAUGAAAAAAUUGCUGGAACGCUUCACUGGCAUAACCUUGUUUUGUGCUUAAUGCAUUUUGAUAUGUGAUUCAUAUUUCUGAGUCCAGCUCAAGACAGUUUGUUGAAUGCACACUUGAAGUUUCCCUGCCUGCUGCUAGAGUCAUUAAAAUUCGCAACUCCUGCAUGAUCUGAUGACAUCUUGUCAAAAGCAUUCAGGGAUCAAAUCUCACAUCAACUGUUGAAUCACUCUGCACAGGACCCAUGGACUGGCACAAUUUGUAGUUACAUGUAUGCUUUCUUUGUUGGUUGGCACAUAUUUUCCAGAGCUCCGUUUUCUUUCGCUUGAUGGUUUUAAUCUGUUUUGAAAACCACUCAGGUAUGGAUUUUGAAAAACUUCUGGAGUACUGAGAAUAGAACCUGUCCUAGCUUUCAAGCUGUUCCAUUCCCAAAGAGGAAAUAUGCCACAUAAUAGUCGGUCGUGGCAUACACGGUCAAAACUUGUCACAGCCAGUGAUGAUUAAAUAGUAGCAACAGCUUUAUAUUUAGACAGGAUUUGAAAAGCAGAGUCGUGGUAUAGGAAGUAGUCGUCCACUCAGACAGCACCGUGUCCUUGAAGCCUCAACCAGUAUAUAGUUUAAUUUCAUGAGGAUAUGGUAUCACUUCUUGCCUUACAUUGUAGUAGUUACAUCAAACUGUGUACAUGCAUGAGGAAAUUACCAGCUUCAUAAUUUUGCUUGGAAUACGCGGAAUUCAAUGACACUGAGUGUGAAUUUGCUGGUAAAUUGGAGCCGAGUUCUGUGGUUAUAUUCCACUAAGAUGAGAAGCCACUCUUCAUCGCAUAUGUGAGGUAGUGAUGAAAAACUUUACUUGAAAGAGAAUGAAUUGGAAAAUUCAUAAAGUUAGUCAGUUUUAACUGAUGGUGAUAGACAAGUUUUACUCCAUUUUCUAGAAGAGAACAUAAUUAUUUGAGUUGAAUUUGACAGAAAAGUUUAGUGUUUGUACUUUUGAUAUAAACUGGUAGCACUUUGUUACCUUUUGACAUAAUUAGUUAGCAUCAUAACUCACAAUGCCUGUGAACGGUGCUUGGAGCAAAAGCGGCAAGGUGCGAGGACCAGUUCCUAAUAGUAGAUUUUUCACCGGAAGUCAAACUUUGGCAACAUCAGAAACAAAUUUGAAUAAUGAUAGUCGAGGUAUCCAUAGUUCAGCUAGUAACCCUAACCUUGUUGCCCAGGGGAGUGGCUUGGCUGUGCUUGACCCAUCGAUAGGAAGAGUCUCAAGUUGGGCAGUAGACUUUGAAAGGCUACUCACAGAUGAACUGGGCUUGGCCUGUUUUACAGAAUUCUUAAAGAAGGAGUUCAGCGAUGAGAAUAUCAUGUUUUGGAUUGCUUGUGAGAGGAUGAGCAAAAUCAAAGAUCAUAAAGAGCUUCAAGGAACAGCGCAGGAGAUAUACAACAAACAUUUGGCGUCCAAGGCACUUAUGCCUGUCAACUUAGACAGCGGCGCUCGUUCUAUGGUAGAAGAUGCUAUGAAGAAUCCAACGCCUGAAAUGUACAAAGUGCAGCAAUUGCAAAUCUUCAAGCUCAUGAAAUUUGACAGCUACUCUCGCUUCCUCAAGAGCAAGCUCUACCAGGACUGUGUCCUGGCCGAGAUGGGUGGCCUGCCCCUUCCCAUCAGCCUGGAGACGGUCCCUACCGGUGACUCCGAACCCUCUGCGGGUGACCUUGAGGACAGCGGCGGAGUUCACGGUGGCAGCGGUGGGAUGAGUAGUGAGAGCAGCAGCUAUGAGAAGGGAGGAGAGAAGAAUGGAGGGGUGAUGCUGGGAGGAACGGUAAAGGACAGGAUGGAGAGGAAGAAGAGCGGAAACAAGAGAGAAUCAAACAGGAAUGGCAUUCCCAGUGAGAAGGAAGAGAACCAGGACAAGAAAAGAAGUUCAAUACUGCCAUGGAGAAAUAAGCAGAAGAAAGGAAAAGAGGAGAAAACAAGUUCUGGCAAUGAGGAUACGAGCGUAAGCAGUCGUCAUAGCUCAAUAACCAGCAGUGAUUUCAGACCUGCCGGUGACAAGUUUGUGGAUAUGAACCGAUGCUUUCAUAUGAUCUUCCCAAACAACGAGAUACUCACAUUGACCCCUGAUUCCCAGCAGUCGGUCAGAGGGAUCCUACUACCCCUCCUUGAAGAGAGAGGGCUGGGGCUCCAGAAUGUGGAGAUCUUCCUCAAUGAUACGAAAGAGACUGAAUCAGUUAAGCAAAAGCUAAUAAAUUUGGAGCAGCUUGCCACUGAGAUGAUUGGAAGGCAGAUUGUUGUCGAGAGGAGAGUAGUCUUCAAAAUUGAGCUUCCUAAUAAGAGAGUAAUCGGAGUGAAGUCUAAGCUCACCAAGAAGAUUAUUGAGGUAUUGAGGCCAGUUACAUACAAGUACAAGCUACAGCUUGAUGCCCUAGUCGUUCAUCUGAGUGACUCUCCAGUUCCCCUGGACCUUGAUAUAACAGUUGCCUCACUAGAUGGUCAAAGGAUACUCAUAGAGACACUGGAACAGUACAGUGCUGGUUCUUACCGCAUUGGAGGGAGAGCAUCUGUUGGACCAGCGGGUGAUUCCAAGCAGAAAUCAGCUGAAGCCAGGGCAAGUUCCGUUGAUAGCUACUUGAAGGACGAUGACGCAGUCCAUGCCGAUUCCAGCAAGGUUGCCAAGGACAAACUCACGUCACAGGUGUCGGCACCAGCCAUAUCAGCCUUCCAGGCACCUAAAGGGGACACCAUGAGGGAACAGAGAGACCUUGCAGUGGCAGCAGCAAAGACUGCACCUCGGGUCAAGAACGUACCCCCUUCGUCGUCAUCAGUGUCUACCUCGGCUCUGGGUACGGGUAGGACUGAGGGACGGGCAGAGGCAAGAAGAGCCGCAGGGAACCUCAAGGUCACAGGGAAGGACACUGAAGAUCUUAUCGCCAUGGUAAGCAAAGUUCAAGGUAAGCGCUUGGAUGACCAAAGAGGCCUCACACUACGCAACUUAGAGCUACCCGAUUUCCUCAAAGUCCCUGCUAUCUACACCUCUUCUUCAUCUUCCACUAAGCCUGUGGACAGUCGUCCGAAGAGUGCCCUCGCUAAGCCUUACCAGUCCAAUGCAGCUUCCGAACAGCCAAAGCAUGAGCAGGGAGAUCUCAAGGGUAUCGACAUAGAAACGCUGAAGCUACGGCCCAAGUCGACACCUCCAAGGCAAGGCAUAAUGAAAGAUGACGAUGACGGAUUUGACGGUAUUAUACCAACGCAGGAUCAAGCUGAUGCUGUCUUUGGGAAGGGUGGUCCACGCAGUCCAGUUCAUGUUCGCUUCGAUGAUACUGUCGUGAGCAGUUCCUAUCGAGAAACGUCUUGGGGUCAGGGGGCAUAUGUGAACUAUCCAAUUACAGACAAACUAAGGCCGUCAGUGGCAAAUUCAUAUCAGUCUGGAACAAGCUCAUAUCAAACCCCAGACAGUAAGUUGAGUCCAAGAGCAUAUGGCACUGGUCAAUUAAAUGGGAAUGAUUCUACAGAUUACGGACAGAAUACUACGGCAUACUCACUGGAGUUUAAUAGUUCAUUUGGAAGCAUGGACCAACCCAACCUGUUGGAUACCACGUUGAUGUCGACUUCUUCAGACACUCGUCUUCCUCCUCCUCCUACUCCAGAUAUGGAUACUACCAUACAGGCCGACUUACCAAACUACACUCCUCCUCCUGCGAUUGAUGUGGAGCAGCCACGCCCUGCUGGGUUUGCCAAGAUGAGCAGCCAGAGCACCCCAGAUGUGAGAAAAUACCCCAUACAGCACCCCUUCCGAUCGGGAUGCACCCUACCAGGUCAUGGCCCGGACGUUGCCCCCAAGCCUGUUGUGGAAGCCAAUGGGUACGCUUCCAAAGCGUACACCAGGAGCAUAUCUGCAGGGCAGCUCUCCUACUCCAAUAACAACAACACCAAUGUGUCUCUUGCUGUUACUUCCCCAGACAUCAAGGUUGAAACAAAUAAUUGCUAUUCAAAUUAUUGUCCCCUUCCGACCACACCUGACGGGAGCUCUUAUGGUGGUUCUUCCACCAACCUUGAUGACUUGUCCAUGUCUCCGACAUCUUCAGCCCCACCAGAUGUGGCUCAGGUGCAUGCCAAGGAAAGAGUCAUCAAACCCCCUCCUGCAUACCACAGCAACAUGUCCACCAGGCAAUCAAAUGGAGCCUUUACAUCCGGUGAAGACUUGUGGGGCCGUAAGGGCACACUGCAAAGUGCCACUUGGAGUUCCUCAGCAUCCAAUCUGACCAGUGGUCCAUCUGGAAGACCUGCUCAUGGGGCCACAUGGUCAGGCCCAAGAGGAACUGCUCCCCAGGUAACAAGCGCACUCUCCACAUCGGCACCACGUAGCUACAGAGGACCAGUGCCGUUCACGAGCGUGCAGCCCCCAAGGACACACCCUAGCUCCCAAGGGGCUGUACCUAAGCUUCCAGUUGGUGGCAACCAAGUAGGAUAUGGUGAAACCAACAACUUGAGUGCUGGUUCCUCGGGAGGGGCUACAGGAGGGGAAAGUGAGGGAACUGGUUUGCAAGGUAAAGAAACGGUUGUCAUCUCCAAGGAUGGUAGGAAAUUAAGGGCCACAUUUGUUUAAAAGUGCCUCUACACAGUUCCAAGAAAUCUUGCUCAAGAAAAUCUAAAUUCCAACAAGAAUAUAAAUAGAGGGGCCUUUCUAGGGGUACUUUUUUAAAAUGAAAUGCUGCAUUUAUGAGAGAUAUAAAAAAAAACCCAAAACAAAGAAAUCUAUUAAAUAAAAUGUUUCAAUGUCACAAAGAAAAAUUUGGCAAUCCUCUAAGUUUAGAUAACCUAGAUUUGUCGGAAUAUCAUUUCUACAGCACCUUUUUUAUUUUUAAACCACUAAAAAAAAACAAUGAAUUAAUUUGUACAUAAGUUCAACAAACAGUAAUUUUUUUCCUUUUGAGUGAUGACAAUCUUCAGGUACCAGUAGUUUGGUUUAUUUUCAGUUUUUUUUUUGUACAUACAUUUGUAACCACAUCUGAAUGAAUUUUUAUAUCACAUGUGUUUGUAUUAUGAUUAUACCAUUUUCCAUCAUUAUUUAGCCUUUUGAUUGUUUAUUUGGUCAAGUUGGAUUAAUGCAUGUUCUCAUGAUCUGGAGAAAUAUAAAAUGUUAGGGGUGUCUUUGUUGUAUUUUACUGCAAAUUAUUAUUAUUUUUUGUGUGUAUGUAAUGUCAGUUUGCAUGAAUUAGGUUGUUCUUUAAGAAUGAAAGAAAUUAUUCAUUGCCUUCAGAAUAAAUAUUGAACAACUUCUGAAAUAGUGACAUUUUGUAGAUAGAAUCAACAUAUAUGACCUGUAAUUUAUGAAUUACCAAAGAGUUUAUGCUGUAUAUAUUUCUUUAUAGAACAUAUCUGCCAUUUCUGGUGAACACUUUUCUAACAGACUUUCUAUAUUAUUAUAUGUACAUUUUGUAUAUUUACUUAGUGGUAUCAGAUACUUGAUAUAUAAGUGGACGAGUGUCACUCACAGCCUUAUGGUUGUUUUUAUCCUUCUUGUGAGAUACUCUCACUGUAUUUUUCCAGCACGAUAAUAUUUUGUCAAAUAUUGGUUGUAUUUGUAUUUGCUAGUCAUACUUGUUAUGCCAGGGGGGUGUUAUGUUCUAAAAGAUAUUUAGUUAUUAUUCUCCAUCUACAGUUUUUAAGCGUAAGUAGCAACCUUAAAGGACAAGUCCACCCCAACAAAAAGCUGAUUUGAAUAGAAAGAGAAAAAUCAAACAAACAUAACACUGAAAAUUUCAUCAAAAUCGGAUGUAAAAUAAGAAAGUUAUAACAUUUUAAAAUUUCGCUUAAUUUUUCAAAAUAGUUUUAUGCAAAUCCUGGUCGGCAUGCAAAUGAGGGGACCGAUGACAUCAUCCACUCACUAUUUCUUUUGUAUUUUAUUAUAUGAAAUAUUUUGAUUUUCUGGUCAUUGUCAUGUGAAACAAAGUUUCAUUCCUCCCUGAACACAUGUAAUUCCAUUAUUUAACAUUUUGUGGUUCAAGCAAGGGGGUCCUAAUUGUCGAAUUCGUAAAAAUUGAAAUAUUGUAUUAUUCAAACAAUAAAACACAAAAGAAAUAGUGAGUGACAUCAUCGACUAUCUCAUUUGCAUAUCACUGAGUUGAGCACAGAACUAUUUUGUGAUAAAUAAGCGAAACUUUAAAAUGUCAUAACUUUCUUAUUUCAAAUCCGAUUUUGAUGAAAUUUUCAGCGUUAUUCAUGUUUGAUUUUUCUCUAUUUAUUCAAAUCAACCUUUUUCUGGGGUGGACUUGACCUUUAAAUUGUAUCGAAUGGGAAGAGUCAUGUCAUUGUACAUCACAUUUUGAUAAUUUUUGUUCCAUUACUCACACCUAAGCUUCACAACUUUGGAGCUGCUGAGAGGGAUAAAUCAAGUGUGAUGGAGUAACUCUUUAUUUAAUUAUAAAGUGUGAGGGAGUAACUUCUUUACUUCAUGAAAAUCCUAUUAAUUAUCAAGAAGGAGAAUUUGAAAGUGACUACACCAUCUAAAAUCACACAUUACAGGGAAAUAAGCUCCCACCAUGGACAUAUGAAGGGUUAGUUAAUGAAUUCAGUGGCAUGUGAUGCUCAUUGUCCUCUGAAUAGCUACUUUGUUCGUACCAGGUUCUGCCGUCAAAUAGGCGAUCCUGAGUUGAAAGAAGCAGUUCGUGUUUAAACAUUGAUAUUGCACAAACUGUAUGCGUAGAAGAUGAUAAAUCACUUAAAUCCUGGGGAAUGGAUGUGCAGUUCUGACCCUUCUUGGAAGUCAAUUUUGCUGCUUUAAAUCUAUUAAAAGCAUGCUGAUAGGAAAGCAUUUUUCUGACAUAUCAGCCAACAGAACAACAAAAAAAACAGGAAAGCUGUCCCUUUGUUAACAACCAGAUAUGCCUUGGUAAUCUGUCUAAAUACCUGCAUGUUCUCAUUAAGAUACUCAUACUGUAAUCAUGAAUCAAGGAGAGGAUCGCGUUGAACAUCCAUCUCUCAGAGGUCCAUGCUUUUCUAUCUUUUUAUUAGUAUUCUUUAUACACCUGAAAAAGGAGAUUUAUUAAAGAUGGUUUAAGCGAUUUAUUUUCCACAUGUUAUGAAGCAUUGCUCAGGGUAUAAACAAAUAUAGUAUGGCUGAUUUAAUUGUGUUUUGUUAUUGUACUCAAUAAAUUGCUGAUUUUUUAAUGAAUUGAAGUUUGAUUUGCAAAUCAUUCAUAUAUUUAUAUCCAUGAUUCUUCCAUAUUUUUAUGCGCUUUAUUUAAAGACUAACUAGAUUGCUGUUCUCACAUUUUGUAUUUAACAACCAUUUAUAUAAAUUGAUUAUAUGAUAUUAAAUAUAGUGAUGUGCUA